GCAGGUUGGGCACCAGACAGCUCUCAAACCCAGCAAAGCCAUUCCUGAGAGGGCUAUUUUCAACCUCCCUUGAGUUCCCUGGGCUCCAGCUGACAUGGCCCUCUUCAGCUCCCCCCAGGGCCUCCUGUGUCUGCUGGCUCUCUCCUUCUGGAUCAUCCUACAAGUGUCUGGCCAUUCCCAGGUGAUGGACUGCUGUGUGAGGACCAGCCCAAUUCCCAUCCCGGCCAAAAUCGUCCGUUCUUACCGGGAACAACAUGUCCAAGAAGGAUGCCUUCUCCAGGCCGUGGUCUUCAUCACCUUCAGAGGGAAGCACCUCUGUGCCCCAUCCCAUGCCUGGUGGGUGAAGCAUCUGAAAGUGAGGCUGGACCAGCGGCGGCACCUCAAGAGAUCACCUUGGACUCCCUCCUAGACCAUCGGCCAGCCAGCUUGCCUCCUGGAUGGGGGACCUCUCUAAUAAUAACCAGCUUCGCCAAAUACCUGUCUUUCCUCAAGGUGGACCCCGGCUGUGAUCUGGCAGGGAGGCUCGUUGCUGCUUGACUUUUGCACACUCUUCUUGUACCUUCUGCAUUUGCAAAUGUCCACCUGAGAUUGGCUGAGCCAAACCCACCAGCUGCCAAUGCUCCUAGAUGUUGGGCCCGGAAAAAUAGAAGUUCCCAGUCUGCAACAUAAAAUGCAAUAUUGUCAAAAAUAGAUCAGGGAUGGAUUUCAGAUUUCUUGGGAUCUCGUUUUAUUUGAAGCUCUAUGCUCAGCGUUAAAACAAAGGGUAAAAAAUGACUAGGAGGUGUGGGAGCAGACAGGGACAUGCAAUGAAUGGUAAGGGUGCUUUUCUGAAUGCCUGCUUGGCUCCAGAGGAUGGAGUGCAAAGCCUUUUGCACCAAAGUCCACUCCAACCUUCUUUGUUGCAACAGUCAAGAUUUUAAACUGUUUGCUUGUUGAAGUUUUGGGAGUCAGAAAAUCUGGGCUGAUGUACUUGGAAUCUUAGAGACAGAAUCCACCUUUCGUCCAUCCCUGCGAUAGAGGAGCAAUUUUGCAAAAGUCCCAUUGGUUUGCCUUCCUCUUUUCUUGAAAUGUUCUCUUCUUCCUCCUCCUCACCCAAAUUUUGACCUCAUUUGCUGUUAUUGCCAUGCUCAAAGGGAAGAGGGAAUUGGGUGUCUUUGGUCUCAGGGAUACAUUAUUUUCACUCCUUGCUUGCUGCUGCUUUUGAUCCUGAAAUAGUACGGCUGGGUUGUGAAUGCAUUGCCACUGCACAUUAUGCAUGCACAUUCAUUUGUGCAAUGUUUCACCUCACUACCAAGUUGGCACUGCACAAUUGUUGUGUAAAGCCAUGAAUAUAAACCAGGGUUGCUCAAUUGUAGAAAGGUGGGAGGCUGCAUUAGCCCCUCAAAUAAAUAAAUAAAUAAAUAAAUAAAUAAAUAAAUAUUUUAAAAAGUACCUGAUAUAACAAAAAAUUGCCCCCAAAUGCUCUCUAAGGGACACGGGAGGCAUUUUCACCCAAUUUGGGGACAUUCUUGGGAUGCAUCUUUAAACACCAGAAAGUGAGUAAAAGCAGUUUCAGGAACUCAUUGGCAUCCCUGCUGGUGGGUGCAUCCUCCACAAACUCCAGGGAACAUGAUGCCAUGAACCACCAUGGUAAGGAACUGCCUUCUGUAAAUUAGUUGCUGGAAUAAUAAUAAUAAUAAUAAUAAUAAUAAUAAUAAUAAUAAUAAUUUUAAUUAUUUAUAUACCUCUA